AUGACUAAUAACCAAACGAACGCAGCUACAAAUCAAACUUCCAUUUUACACAAUGCAAUAAAUAAGCUAGAUAAGUCCAUCGGAGGGCAUGGAGGCGGUGAGGUCAUCACUGGGUUUAUGGCCUUGACGCUGUAUAUGUAUAUCCAAAUUGCCUCAAUAAUUUCAAGACACAUGGCAGUGGCCCUAUGCUUCAAGAUAUCGAGGCUGUGGAUAUUCCUCCUACAGUUAGUAAUGGACCUGUUAAUCUACGAUAAGCCGCUGCUCAUCGUGAAGAUACACUACUGGCUGGCCUACUUACUGUCACUCAUAAGCACAGCUUUGUGGUUUUAUUUUUGCAUCAGUAGAUACAAUAGGGAAGCACACAAGAAAUCGAAGGCCAAAAGCAUCCCCAAGCUUACGGAGGCGACCGAAAUGGUGUCCCAAAAGACAAACGACACCGAGUGCCUCUCAACCUCGGGGCAGCAGGCGAACCAGGACGUGGAGAACCCCUCAGAGUCGACGGAAGAGAAGAUAAAAGAGACAGAGCCGAGUUUCUGGACGCACCUGGGCAACUCGUUCUCGCCGCUCAUGAUGUCCAUCGUGACAAUGAUGAUGAAGAACAUUCUGUUCCCAGGGCUCCUGCCGUACGGGCUGCUCGAAAGGGACAAGUCGCACAUCAUCAACAUGGUCAUAACGCCCAUGGGACUGAUGGGAACGUCCAUAGUGCACGCCCUGAAGAAAAACGUAGACUCGAUCAACAAAAGGUGGGAGUGGUACUGGCACCUCCUGUGGCUCCUGGCGAUACCGCCGGCAGUCAUAUUCUACACGACACUGGACUCGAUGCACCCACGCUCGAGCGCGGCGAGGUCGAAAAUAAUCAACAACAGGAACGCAGUGCUCGCCAUGGCAGUGGUGUUCCAUUUCUGCCACUCACUCAUAGAGGCCGCAGGGUACCUGGGCGUGGUCUCCAACGUCAAGCACUGCAACGAGGUGAGGGAAAGGGGAAAGAAGAUGGUGUCGACGAACCAGCUCCUGGCAGAGAUCAUACACUUCAUCUUCUACAAAAUAUCAGUCGGCUACAACGUCACGCGAAUUGGCCUGGGAUACCACCUGCCGAAGUUCCGCCCAACCCAUCGAAUGAGCCGGGAGCACCUCUACACCUACAUUGUGAGGGAAACGUUCGUAAAGGGGUUCGACGAUUUCAUAAACGACUUUAAGAUGAACAUACGGGAUCAACUACAAAAAUACUUAAAACAUUCAUGCAAUCGCAAGCUUCCCCCAAAAAUCCAAAACUCGGACAAAACAUAUAAAUACAGGUACGGGAACUCACAAAAUAGCCCAAUCAAAGUAAGAGAGGUGUAUGUGUGCAAAACCAAGGAAGGAAGAGCAAUUUUACAUGAAUACUUGUUAAGCAACUCGUGCAGAAAUUUAAUAAAAAAGGAAAAACGGGUGUCAGAGGAUCAUAAAUUAAAAUAA